AUGGAUCUUGGUGAAGCUGUACCACACGAGAAGCAGUCUAGCAGCGAAGAAAAUAUCAAAGUCACUAGCAAUACAGUCAAACCACAACCACAUCCAUUAUCGAUAUCUUCAUCAGCAACCCCAACAUCACCUUUAGUUUCAUCAUCCCCUUCGGCACCAUCUUUGGUUUCCGGGUCAGGAUCGACAUCACCAUCGGCAUCAGUUGCAACUGCAGCACCAGUUGCAGUGCCACAACGCCCGUUGAAUAGCACAGGACCGUCACCGUCACCACCAACGCAACAUCAUCCUACUCAGAAUGCGAUCCAGAUUCCUGCGAUGCAAGUAAAAAGUCAAUCACCACAACCACCUACUCACCCUCCGAUGCAAGCACAGGCCCACCCACUACACCCACAAGGCCAUCCACCAGCAAUCCAUCAUCCAUCCGCAUUACCACCUCAUCCCUAUCACCAAGCUCAUAUGUUUCAUCCUCAUUAUCCACCACCGCCACAUCCACAUAUGUAUCACCCAGCAGCAAUGUGGCAUCAUCCUCAUGCUCAUGCUCAUGCUCAUCCUCCUCCCCCUCACCCAAGCAAUUCCUCAGCUGCCUAUAUGAAGCCUUAUUCGGCGGUAAUGCGAUCUCAACCCCCGGUCAAGCGCACUUCCAAAUAUAUGCUCAAGGAACAGGGAGUUCCAGUUCCAAGCCCCAUCAUGAAGGGAUCCCACAGAACGCCAAAUCAAGUGGAAUCAUCGUCCCAACCAAAUGCCGAAACAGAGGAAUCAAAGGAACAGGGCACGGUCAAACGUCCAGCCUCGGAAAUGGGCGAUUCGUCCGAAAAGGAACAGAAAGACGUCCCCCAAGAUUUGCGCAACAAGAAAAUGAAGCCGACCGAUUGUCUUUUGUUUGCUGCGUCCUUGUUGGCGACGGAGAAGAAGACAGGAGAGGAACAAUACACGGAUGAAAAUGUGGGAGCCAAUGGCGAGAAUGCCCCUGAUGCUUCGGCACUGGACGAAUCGGAAUACACCACCACUGGGGUCAAGCCUGCAAAGAAAAUCUUUCAAGCGCCCAUCAUGUCGGUAGACGAGGAGCAAGAGCAAGAAAAUGAUGAAAACUGGCCCAAAGACGUUGAUGUGUUGUGUGGUCGUGGAGGCCUCAUCAACAAACAUCCCGGAAAUGUGGUAUACCGCAAGAUUGUGGAUUACAACAAACCGUAUUACCAAAGUGUACAUAAGAAGCAUCGGAUUUUAGUCAGUCAGUCGAUUGUACAAUCGAUCUUGAACUUUGGAGGCCGAUUCAUGACUAUGGAACGGAAAGAGUGGACUGAGAUUGAAUUUAAACGAGCAGUCCAAAAGACCAGUCAAGCACUGCGGGAGCGCAUUACCGAAGAAGAAAAGAAUAAGGAAAAAGAGCGAAAAGAGAACGGCGAGUCCAAGAAUAGCGAAGAUGAUGAGGGAAUAGAGGCAGCAGAAGGGGAAGAUGACGACGACGACGACGACGAAGGGGUCGAAGAGGGGGCUGUCGUCAAGAGCCAGAAUAUUUCUGACAACAUGAAUGGGGUUGCCAAGGGGACUCUCGCCAUUUGA